AUGGACCGGUCUACCGCCUCCAAGCUUACCGACUCCAAAGCCAGUUAUUCCUGUGCCACCGAAGCCAGUGAUUCCAAAGCCAGUAAUUCCUGUGGUGCCAAAGCCAGUGAUUCCAAAGCCAGUAAUCCCAAAGCCGGUAAUCCCAAGCCGGUAAUCCCAAAGCCGGUAAUCCCAAAGCCGGUAAUUCCAAAGCCGGUAAUUCCAAAGCCAGUAAUUCCGAAGCCAGUAAUCCCAAAGCCAGUGAUUCCAAAACCAGUGAUUCCUGUGCCGCCAAAGCCAGUCAUUCCUGUGCCGCCAAAGCCAGUCAUCCCUGUGCCGCCAAAGCCAGUGAUUCCUGUCCCCCCGAAGCCAGUGAUUCCCGUACCGCCGAAGCCGGUUAUUCCUGUACCUCCAAAGCCAGUAAUCCCUGUAACACCUAAACCAAAUCCCCCCGUCAUCGGAGGCGGUGGUUUGCCCGGAUUAGAAGGAAUCCCUGGAAUUGGUGGGUUGCCCGGACUAGGCGGGCAGCCUGGGGGUGGUCAACCUGGAGGUGGUCAGCCUGGAGGUGGUCAGCCUGGAGGCGGGCUACCUGGAGUGGGCGGGUUACCUGGAAUUGGUGGACAGCCGGGAGGAGGUGGACUGCCUGGCGUAGGUGGCUUGCCCGGUGUAGGUGGACUACCUGGAGUUGGUGGACUCCCUGGAAUUGGUGGCUUGCCCGGACUAGGAGGCCAGCCUGGAGGUGGCCAACCUGGAGGGGGUCAACCUGGAGGUGGCUUGCCCGGAGUUGGUGGACUCCCCGGAAUUGGUGGAUUGCCCGGACUAGGCGGUCAACCUGGAGGUGGUCAGCCUGGAGGAGGUGGAUUACCUGAAGUCGGCGGACUACCCGGACUUGGUGGACUACCCGGACUUGGUGGACUACCCGGACUAGGUGGACUACCUGGACUAGGUGGCCAGCCUGGAGGUGGACAACCUGGAGGUGGCUUGCCUGGAAUUGGGGGCUUGCCUGGAAUUGGUGGCUUGCCUGGACUAGGCGGUCAGCCUGGAGGCGGUCAGCCUGGAGGCGGUCAGCCUGGAGGGGGUCAGCCUGGAGGAGGUGGAUUACCUGAAGUCGGCGGACUACCCGGACUUGGUGGACUACCCGGACUAGGUGGACUACCUGGACUAGGUGGCCAGCCUGGAGGUGGACAACCUGGAGGUGGCUUGCCUGGAAUUGGGGGCUUGCCUGGAAUUGGUGGCUUGCCUGGACUAGGCGGUCAGCCUGGAGGCGGUCAGCCUGGAGGCGGUCAGCCUGGAGGGGGUCAGCCUGGAGGAGGUGGAUUACCUGAAGUCGGCGGACUACCCGGACUUGGUGGACUACCCGGACUCGGUGGCCAGCCUGGAGGUGGCCAGCCUGGAGGUGGCUUGCCCGGUGUAGGUGGACUCCCUGGAAUUGGUGGCUUGCCCGGACUAGGCGGGCAGCCUGGAGGUGGCCAGCCUGGAGGUGUUGGACUGCCAGGAAUUGGUGGCUUACCCGGACUAGGAGGCCAGCCUGGAAAUGAACAGCCUGGAGGGGGUCAGCCUGGGGGUGGCUUGCCCGGACUCCCUGGACUUGGUGGGUUGCCCGGACUAGGAGGCCAGCCUGGAGGUGGUCAACCCGGAGGGGGUCAGCCUGGGGGUGGCUUGCCCGGACUCCCUGGAAUUGGAGGCUUACCUGGACUAGGUGGCUUGCCUGGAGUUGGCGGACAGCCUGGAAAUGAACAGCCUGGAGGGGGUCAGCCUGGGGGUGGCUUGCCCGGACUCCCUGGACUUGGUGGACUGCCUGGAGUUGGUGGUCAACCUGGAGGAGGCCAGCCUGGGGGUGGUCAACCUGGUGGACAGCCGGGAGGUGGCUUGCCCGGACUCCCUGAACUUGGUGGACUGCCUGGAGUUGGUGGUCAACCUGGAGGAGGCCAGCCUGGGGGUGGCCAACCUGGUGGACAGCCGGGAGGUGGCUUGCCCGGACUCCCUGGACUUGGUGGACUACCUGGACUAGGUGGCUUGCCUGGAGUUGGUGGACAGCCUGGGGGACAGCCGGGAGGAGGCCAGCCUGGGGGUGGCCAACCUGGUGGACAGCCGGGAGGUGGCUUGCCUGGACUCCCUGGACUUGGUGGACUACCUGGACUAGGUGGCUUGCCUGGAGUUGGUGGACAGCCUGGGGGACAGCCGGGAGGAGGCCAGCCUGGGGGUGGCCAACCUGGUGGACAGCCGGGAGGUGGCUUGCCUGGACUCCCUGGACUUGGUGGACUACCUGGACUAGGUGGCUUGCCUGGAGUUGGUGGACAGCCUGGGGGACAGCCGGGAGGAGGCCAGCCUGGGGUUGGCCAACCUGGUGGACAGCCGGGAGGUGGCUUGCCCGGACUCCCUGGAAUUGGUGGACUACCCGGACUAGGUGGACAGCCUGGAGGCGGGCAGCCUGGAGGUGGUCAACCUGGAGGUGGCUUGCCCGGAAUAGGCGGACUACCUGGAAUUGGCGGCUUGCCUGGGAUCGGUGGACUGCCCGGAGGCGGCGGAACAUUACCAGGUGUGGGCACCUGGCCAGGUGCUUCAUUUCCAGGUUUCGUCUCGGCAACAGAUACAUGUAUUGUAUCGUUGCCUGCCUCCAUUCGUGAGGCCGUCAUCAGCUCCUGCUUCUCGUAG